UAAGUUGUUGCUGCAUUUCUUCCUUUCUUAAAGAAAAUGCAGGAAAAACGGGAACUUGGAGUAUUCAUACUAAUGCCUUAUUGACUAUGGUGGAAGCCAACCACAAAAUAUCAUACAAUAAAAAAAGACUAUACUACGAGACAUUCAAGGUAGAGUACCAACCACUUCCCCUUCCUCACACACUCUCUUCUCUAAGACAUCUAUCUCAUGCUCCUUCCAUAUUAGACUCAUGUAGCUUUCAAUUCCCAUCCAAAACCCCACAAUUUCCUUCUCUAAUUCAUUUCCUUUUCCUGAUUCAAGGUGGGCAUACUCUCAUAAUGGAGGAGGGUCAUUGUUGGAUCAAGACUAAGAGAAAAUACUCUAUGAACUCUAGUAUUGAUUCACCUACUAAUUACCCCUCCUCCUAUGAUGACUACUCAUGGGAAGAACAAGCCUUUGCAAAAGAUGCAGCUUGGUCUGGUUGCAUAUGGCCACCACGAUCAUAUUCUUGUAGGUUUUGCAGAAAGGAAUUUAGGUCAGCACAGGCUUUAGGUGGCCAUAUGAAUGUUCAUAGAAGAGAUAGAGCAAGACUGAAGCAGCCAUAUAGCCCUGAUCAGAAUGAAAUCCUCAGUGAUGGUCUUGAGAAAACCACUCAACAGCAGAGUUCAGUUCAGAUUUCUUUUACUUCUUUGGGUUACUUAUACCCAUCUUCUCUUGAUGGAUUGGCUCCUAACACUAGCCCUAAUUCUGAUCCUUAUUCUCAUGCUCCUGCUUCACCUUCCAAGUUUUUAGCCUCAUCAAUCAACAAGAGAGGAAGAGAGAAACCCCAGAUUCCACUUUACAAAGGAUGUCUUGAGUCUUCUCCUGAUCUUCCUUCCAAAUCCAUGUCAAAUUUAACUGAAGACUUCAGAUUUUGUUCACGUAGGCUCGAUCCUGAAGCUGGUGUUGAGAAAAUGUUGAAGGGAUUGGAUUCUGGGUGUAGGAGUACUGAGAGAGAUGAUGCUAAAACUGAUGUGGCUGUGAUCUUAAACCUGUUUAUGAAUCAACCUCACCCACCUGUGAAGUUUGAGACUAAGGAGAAAUAUACAAGUUUCAAGAAGGGGAAAGCAGAUGCUUCAUCCAUUCCAUUCUUCCCCAAAUCAUGCUCAGCUGAUAGGCAUCAUAUGCAGUCACAGAUGUAUGAAUUUAGCCCUAGUUCCAUAGAAGAACUAGAUCUGGAGCUAAGGCUUGGUUAUAGGUCCAAGGUAUAGUAAGUAGUAACAGAUACGAAGCACCGAUAUUGUUUAUAAAUAUAAUUUUACUCUUAUGGUUUU